CUUUAACACGCCGAAAUACUAAGGUAAACAUCAAUGAUAGUGCGACAACAAGGAUUUUAGCUUUUGAGCAUUUGAGCCAGUUGUGGGUAGAAAGUUGGUAACGUCAUUGAACUAAUAGCUCAAAAAGCAAAACAAAAUCCUUGUGUGACCGAUUUAUUUCGUCCUUGAAAAUGUCAACACAAGAUGGAAGGGCGGAAGACACACAAAAUCAAUCAUGUAAAGUUCCUGAAGAAGAGAAUCUGCUAUCAAAAACCUCAGAGCUGUUCCCCAAAGCAUAUGCUGACACCCCAAAACUCCAGGAUCUUACAGAAGACACGACUUGCGGAAUUUGGUGCAUCAAAGGAGAGUUCUUGCAGAGGUUUGCCAACAGAAACGCUUUCACGUUCUUUUACGGAAUCCUGGGAUGUGUCGCCGCUUCGAGCUACUCGUAUUUGAAUGGAAUAAUCACAACUUUGGAGAAGAGGUUCAAAAUACCCUCCACCAACACGGGUAUUAUCAUGACCGGCAGUGACGUCACCAUCCUCACCGUGGGCGUGCUACUGAAUUACUACGGAGGCAGAGGACACAGGCCUCGGUGGAUAGCCUUCGGCAUUUUCACCUCUGUGGGUUUCUGCCUCAUGAACGCUCUGUGCCACUUUCUGUACGGCCCGGGCGAGGAUGCUCUCCUUCUCACUAAGGAGUUUGGUGGAGAUUACAAUUCUAACAAUACAGAUUUACUGAUUGAUGCCGAGAACCGCAAGCUGUUGUGCCAGAGGGACAGGAUCAACGAGGACUGUGAAGCCGGUGUUGGUAAUCUCGCCCCCCAGAUCAUUCUGUUCAUGGCCCAUUUUAUUAGUGGUAUCGGCGGCUCUCUGUACUACACUCUUGGUGUCUCUUACAUGGACGAUAACACUUCCAGGAGCAAAUCACCCAUUCUAGUCAGUAUUUCGUAUUUUAUGCGCAUGCUGGGACCUGUGAUUGGAUACGCUAUGGCCUCGGUGUGUCUCAACAUGUUCAUCUCUCCCACCUUAACGCCAACCAUAAACAAACGAGAUCCCCGAUGGUUGGGUGCAUGGUGGAUUGGAUGGUUGGUGUUAGCUGCGGUUUUGUCAAUUUUCGCAUGUAUAAUAGCUCUCUUCCCCAAGUCGCUGCCACAGCCUCCUACACAACGAAUGGUUACCGAGGAGAACGUAGAGGCUGUUAAAAAAAUACCAGACGUGAAAAAAGCAGAAAUGCCAACAUCAAUUAAAGACAUGUUGACGGCAUUCAGACGGCUGUUAAAGAAUCGAAUUCUUAUGUGCAACAACGCAGCGUCUAUAUUCUUCCUGAUGGGUUUCAUGCCUUUCUGGAUCUUCAUGCCGAAAUACUUCGAAGUGGUCUUUAGGCAGUCUGCCUCUCGUUCUAGUUUUAUUACUGGUGUGAUAACCCUGGCUUGUGGUGGUGUCGGCAUUCUUGGCUCAGGAUUUCUAAUCUCCAAGAUCAAACCCAGCGCAAGAGCCUUGGCGGCCUGGAACAUAGUCAUUGGUCUCAUCUCCGUAGGGAGCAUCACCACAUACGCUUUCUUGGGGUGUUCUCUGAGCGAUAACCAGGCAGCUAUGAUCAAUUCUAGACAGAUGGAGACCACGCCCUGUAAUCAGGACUGCCACUGCAAUUUUGUCAAGUACUCCCCCGUCUGCUCCCCGGACGGCCGCACCUUCAUCUCACCCUGUCAUGCUGGAUGCAACGAUUAUCGGACACUUACCAACGGCAGUAAAGUGUACAGCGAUUGCUCCUGUGUACCCAGGCCGUUAUUCAACCUUACUCACGAGGAUGUGCCAGACCUGCAGGACCCCGACGACUCCUGGGUCAUCAGAGAAGGACUCUGUCCUGUGGACUGCGGAAACCAAUUGUUAAUUUUCUUGACAGUUAUGAGUUUCAGUCAUCUGGCCGGAUCUACCGGCCGAACUUCUAACUUCCUCCUCACUCUUAGAUGUGUGGACGACUCGGACAAAACCAUAGCCAUGGCUCUGGGUCUGAUGCUUGUCACUGUGUUCGCAUUCAUACCAUCUCCGAUUCUCUUUGGUCACAUAAUCGACACGACUUGCCUAGUAUGGGGAAAGACUUGCACUGGAACUGGGAACUGCUGGAUCUAUGACGCGGAAAAAUUCAGAUAUUAUGUGAACUUCACAGCACUCGGUUUUAUCUCUAUGGGUUGCGUUUUCGACGUGGGACUUUGGUAUUACGUGAAGGGCUUAAAGAUUUUUGAAGAUGAAGACGAAUCUGAAAAGCCAACUAAGGAAAUAACAUCUUGAUGGAAAUUUGUAAUAAAAAGCAGUAAUAUAAAUUU